AUGAAAAGAAAACUGGCAAUUUGUCUCCAGAGUUUGAAUGUAAAGGGAAAAUUUCUGGUUACCAAGGGAACACCGAUUCUCAAUUACAUUUCAAGAACAGAAAAAGCAAGAGGAUUGAAGUUACAUUCAAACAUCACUUUCUUGCUUCAGCACGUACUCAACUGCUCCAAGUUGCCAUGCAAAAAGGAGAGGACGGCGGAGAGCUCAACAAAUCGAGAGCAUGAUAUUAAACCUGAUAUUAGAGGCACCGAAUUGGACCCACUAUAUUGCAAGAAAGAACCUCGCCUAAUCACUAAGUUCAACCUCAAAAUGGAAUCCGGGAACAGUGAUGAUACUCAAUUACAUCUCAAGAGCACAAAAGGCAGGCAAAAAAGUCACAUUCAAACAUCACUUUCUUGCUUCAGCAUAUACUCUACUGCAUCAAGUUGCCAUGUAAAAGGAGAGGAUGGUGGAGAGUCCCAACAAAUUGGAGAACAUGGCGGUGAAUCCCUUCGAGUUGGAGACUCAAACCAAUCGGAAAACUCUGGCAUUGGCAAUUCUUCAGGUUCCGGAUAG